CACAAUGCUAUAAAAGAGCCAAAGCUCAGAGCUCAGCAGGCAUUUCAAAGCAGUCAGACAGCAGUGAAACAACAUCACAAAACAACAGAUCCAAGAUGAAGGCCUGGUUCAUUCUGUUCCUUCUUCUGCCUCUUUGCACGGCGGAUUAUUACAUCGAGUGCUACGGGGAAGACUUCCUGAUGGUGAGGAACAUGGUUCUGCAGUGCAGGAGUAAAGUUCCUCAGUCCUGCUAUACCAGAGCAACUGGAGAGAAAGGCUGCGUGAGUGUGGAGUUCUGUAAAAGGAAGGGCUGGAAAUGCUGUAACGAAAACCGCUGCAAUGCUUGAACCUCACAUAGAGUCUGCUAACCACCAGCUUCAUUUAUGCCUCAGUCAUCUUUGUUUUCAUUUUAUACUCUUGACACCAAUGUGAUUUUAUAUUGUGACACCAAUGACUUAAAAUAAAAAGCAAUUUUCAGUAAUCAGCCUGUGAUUUUGUGCUUUCACUUGGCCAAGGUUUUGCAGCUAGCACGUUGCACACAUACGCCAAGGAGAGAAACUUUGUCCUGGCUGGUUAUUUGUUUGCACAGCAGAGAACAGGCAGUUUUGCUGAGUCAGGACACAUCUCUCAGUGAGACUCUCUGUCGGUUUCACCACAACAUAACCUCAUUCUCUGACACAGACAGAUGAAAUCAAUAAAGAACAUAAACAUCA